AUGGGAUAUACAGCUUUGGACCAAUUGGCGAUCAACACCAUUCGGGUGCUUGCUGUCGAUGCCACAUCCAAAGCUAACUCGGGGCAUCCGGGUGCCCCCAUGGGCCUGGCGCCUACAGCCCACGUCCUUUUCAACAAGUUUAUGAGCUUUAACCCUAAAAACCCCAAGUGGAUCAACAGAGACCGAUUUGUCCUUUCGAAUGGGCACGGCUGCAUGUUACAAUAUGCUCUUCUGCAUUUGUUUGGCUAUGCAGUCUCUCUUGAUGAUCUAAAGAACUUUAGGCAAAUUGACAGCAUCACGCCUGGGCAUCCCGAAUCUCACGACACUCCGGGAGUUGAAGUGACUACUGGACCUCUUGGCCAAGGAUUUGCAAACGCAGUUGGCCUUGCCAUCGCUCAAAAGCACACUGCUGCCGUAUUCAACAAGCCCGGAUACGAUCUCGUCAAUAAUCAUACCUAUUGCAUUUUCGGCGAUGGUUGUGCCAUGGAAGGAGUUGCCAGCGAAGCCGCUAGUCAGGCUGGACAUCUUCAACUUGGCAACUUGAUAUGUUUAUACGACGACAACCACAUCUCCAUCGAUGGUGACACCAAACUUGCAUUCACCGAAGAUGUUAUGAAACGGUUCGAGUCAUACGGUUGGCAUACUUUACACGUCAAGGAUGGUGAUCAUGAUCUCGAGGGUAUCGAGGCUGCUAUCCGGGAAGCUAAGAAGGUUACCGACAAACCAAGUGUGAUUAAAAUUACAACUACAAUUGGAUUCGGCUCUAAACUCCAGGGAACCGGCGGUGUGCACGGCAAUCCUCUCAAGGCUGAUGAUGCCCAAAACGUUAAGAAGAUUUUCGGCUUCAAUCCUGAGCAGAGCUUUGUUGUCCCGCAGGAAGUAUAUGAUCUUUACCACAAGCAUUCUGCCGAAGGUGCUGCUAGGGAACAAGAGUGGAACAAUCUCUUCCAGAAGUACAAAUCAGAGUACCCUGAGCAGUAUGCCGAUUUCAGCCGCCGGCUCACUGGGAAUCUUCCAGAAGGUUGGGAGAAGAAUUUGCCUACCUAUAAGCCAUCCGAUCCACCGGUCGCCUCCCGUAAACUUUCCGAGGCCGUACUUGAGAAGAUUCAUGACGCCAUUCCCGAAUUUGUAUCUGGUUCAGCCGAUUUAACUGGAUCCAACAACACUAGAUGGAAGAACGCAACAGAUUUCCAGCCCCCUAAUCUUGGAAUUGGUGAUUGGACUGGGCGGUAUUUCCGCUAUGGCGUUCGUGAACAUGGUAUGGCUGCUAUCAUGAACGGUAUGGCCGCAUACGGUACUUUAAUUCCGGCUUCUGGUACCUUUUUGAACUUCGUCUCUUACGCGGCUGGAGCUGUGCGACUUUCUUCACUAUCUCAAGUGCGAGUCAUUUACGUUGCCACUCAUGAUUCUAUUGGCUUGGGAGAAGAUGGUCCUACCCAUCAACCUAUCGAGACCCUUGCACAUUUCCGUGCUUUGCCAAACAUGAUGGUUUGGCGCCCAGCUGAUGGAAAUGAGACAAGCGCCGCCUAUUACUCUGCUUUGACCUCCAAGUCAACCCCUAGCAUCCUCGCUUUAACCCGCCAAAACCUUCCUCAUCUCGAGGGAUCCAGCAUUCAAAAAGCUCUCAGGGGAGGAUAUAUGGCCCUUGAGGCUGAAAACGCAGAUAUUACCAUUGUGAGCACAGGUUCUGAAGUCAGUCUCUGCAUUGAUGCCGCCAAAUACCUAAAAGAGAAGCACGGUGUCACCGCUCGCGUAGUGUCGCUCCCGUGCUUCGAGAUUUUCGAUGCUCAACCAAAGGAAUACCGACUUCAGGUUCUCCCCGAUGGGAUUCCUUCCCUUAGCGUUGAAGUUAUGUCCACAAUGGGUUGGGAACGAUACUCCCAUGAGCAAUUUGGCCUGAAUCGAUUCGGCAUGUCUGGUCCGUACAAGGAGGUCUACAAGAAAUUUGAGUUUACUCCCGAGGGUAUCAGCAAGCGUGCUGUCGCAACCAUUGACUUUUACAAAGGCCACAAGGUCCGCUCGCCAAUAAAUCGUGCCUUUCAGCAAAUUAUUUAG